ACAGGCACAAAGCCCUAACGGAUAUUCUCCAACUUUUCGUCUACUACCACUACACAACGCCAAAACCCUAACCUGAAAAAAAUUUGAGAGCCCCAAUUCUCAAACCCAUAACGAAAUUUCGAAGCGAAUGGUGAAAGCCAUGGCUGAAAUCAAUCACCAAGAAGAAGAACCUACAUUGUACCCGAAGCGCAAACCUGAUCUCAGCCGCGAAGACAACCCGCACAAAGCUCAGAAACUCGAGCGUCCUCCUCCUGAUACAAACAACGAUUCCUCACUUCCUCUACACAAAAACCACCAUCUAGAACCUUCUCCACUCGAUUCCUCAAUACCCCAACAAAACGACGCCAAAUUCGAGUCCAAUUUGCUCGCCGAAGUUGAAGACGACGACGACGACGACGAUGACGAGGAGGAGGAGGAAUACGAAGAUGAAGAUGAAGACGACGAUGAAGAUAGUGAGAAUGGUGAUGAGAAAGCUGUGGUGGACAGAAAGGGAAAGGGGAUUAUGAGGGCUGACAAGGGCAAAGGGAAAUUGAUAGAAGAAGAGAAUGAUGAUGAUGAGGACGACGAUGACAGUGAUAGCGAUAUCGGUAGCGAUGUAUCGGAUGGUGAAAGCGAUUUAUCGGAUGAUCCAUUAGCGGAGGUGGAUUUGGAUAACAUUUUACCGUCGAGGACUCGGAGGCGGACAGUUCAGCCUGGGAUUCACAUUGCUAACGAUCAUCACAAUCACAACAAAAACCAUGAUGAUGGUGAUAGUGGUGCUUAAUUUCGAUGAAGACAUGAUAUAGAUCACAAAAAAGAGGGAAUAUUACUACAUAGCAGAAGCACUAUGCCCAACCUCCAACGGUAAACAGUCCCAAUUAGCAUUUUGGCGCCUAUUAUCUCCAACUGCAGACCCAUCCACACUGACGAGCCACAGUUUGAUUUGCUUUGAAAUCUGAUUUUGAAUCAUAGCUUGCAGCAUGGGUUGCGUUUACAGAUGCCCAGUGACGGCGGUAACGUUGUAGAGAGAAGAGGACAGCCAAAGAAAGACAGUAAAAGAUUAGAAAAAUAGAGAGAUUGAGUUGGCAUUUUUCUAUUCGUUAGAUUACUUCUUUGCCACAUGUCAUUCAUCAAAAUAAAAAAUGGAGAGAAUGGGAGGGUUUCAAACAGGAGGGGAGCCAGACCCCUAAAAGUGUAUAUGUUUAUUUGUACCUCAAUAGAUAAACUGGACAAUAGCUAUGUCUUGGCUUGAAAGAUAUUGAAUGCUUCAACAUUUGCACAACUUGGCCAUUGAUUUCCUUGUUCCCGACCAAUCAUUUCAACCCCUGCUAUGGUUCUGUUGCUUUGUCAUAUGUCAUAAAACUCAAGACCAUGACAAUUCUUUGGAAAUAUUUUUAAUAGAAGAGUGUUU